AUGACCGUCAAGACCCGUUCGAACAUCGCCAAGAAGGUCGAGAAGGAGGAUGUCUCGAUGGUGCCAGAGAGCCAGUAUUUGGCUGUUGAUCCAGAUGAGAUUGCGCAACUUCAGGAGGAGAGCAAAACUGUAAGUCACUUUUCUUCGUUUCGUUUUAUACUAAAACAAAUCAUAGUAAAAGUUGUUUUCUCUCAUCUAUUCUACUUAUGCAUCUCAGCUCAUCUCAUUCCAGAUUCCCUACAAGCAGGAGAUUGUCUGGCGGAACGUCGCCCUUUUCGUCGCCCUCCACAUCGGUGCCGGCAUCGGUCUCUGGAACCUUAUUUUCGAUUGCAAAUGGCAGACCGUUAUCUUCAGUGAGUUUUCCUCCGCUAUCAAGAUGUUGAUCAGCGACACAGAGUAGUUGAACAUUAAUGUCGGCGAAAAAUUUAUGGCGUGAUUCUGACCACAUUGAACAAAAAAGUGAGGGAGAAAGAGAGAAAAGGAGAGCGCGGAACAAACUGUAGUACAUCACAAACGAUGUCUGAUUCCGGGUUUCUCAUUAUCAGCACGAGGUGAUGAAAGCGCUCGCACAAAACAUGAUUAAUAGCAACAAACGGAAAUUUCAGCCUUCCUGCUCUAUGUCUUCGGAGGAUUCGGAAUCACCGCUGGAGCUCACCGUCUCUGGUCCCACAAGUCGUACAAGGCCACCGUCCCAAUGAGAGUCUUCCUGAUGAUCCUCAACAACAUUGCUCUUCAGGUAUUACAACCGACUACGUCCUGAUUGAAUAACCCGUGACACUGUUCCAGAAUGACGUCAUCGAGUGGGCUCGGGACCACCGCUGCCAUCACAAGUGGACCGACACUGACGCCGAUCCGCACAACACCACCCGUGGAUUCUUCUUCGCCCACAUGGGAUGGCUUCUCGUUCGCAAGCACCCGCAAGUCAAGAUCCAGGGAGCGAAGCUAGACCUGUCCGAUCUGACCAGUGACCCAGUUCUCGUCUUCCAGAGAAAGUGCGGCAUUCGUUCAUAGGCACAACGUCUAAUUGUUCCACUUUCAGGCACUACUUCCCACUUAUCGGCCUUUUCUGCUUUGUCCUUCCAACCGUCAUCCCAGUCUACUUCUGGGGAGAGACCGUUUGGAAUGCGUGGUACACUGCUGCUCUCUUCCGUUACGCUUUCACCCUCCAUGCCACGUGGUGCAUCAACAGUGCUGCUCACUAGUCAGUUCUUCCCUUACAAUUAAUCACAACAACAGUUUCUUACAGUUUCGGAUGGAAGCCAUACGACCACGCAGUGUCCCCGGUUGAGAACGUCUUCACAACCAUCGCCGCCGUCGGAGAAGGAGGUCACAACUUCCACCACACGUUCCCACAGGACUACCGUACCUCCGAGUACUCGCUCAAGUACAACUGGACUCGUGUGCUCAUCGACGUCGCCGCUGCCGUUGGCCUCGUUUACGACAGAAAGACAGUUGCCGAUGAGAUUAUUCAGCGCCAGAUAACGAACAAGGGAAGCCACGAGCACUACGAAAAAUCCAUGAUGUAAAAUUUUUGUUACCUUCUCAUUCAUUUUUUAAAAUUUCGGGUUCACUCACUUUUCCGUAUUCCAGCAGUAUAAAGCUUUGAUAUCUCUUUUCUUCUUACGCUGCAAACAGUUCAAACAUCCAAUUUGUGUCAGCGAUUGUUAUGUUCUUUUCGGUGGAUCUACAAAUUUUGUGGAAAUGAUUAUCAAGCUGUCCUUGCAAAAGAGUGAAAACUCUAGAAGAUCGAAUUUCUUUGAAUUGCAGCCAGGAAGGAUAA